GCAAUAAAAGGAGAACCCGCGCUCCCUCUCUCGUGUCUCGUGUGUGCUUCUGAAGUGCCGCUUUGUUUCUCAGCAAUUGGCUUCUGAAUUCAAUCAGAAUAUGGAUACAUCAAAUCCUGCAAUCUUUGUCAAUGCAGAACUUUUACACUAUUACGUUGGAAGGAGGGUUCGGGCAGUCAUGCAGGUUGUGCGAUCUGACAGUGGAGCUGUCAUUGGAAAAUCUACGGAUGAGAAGCAGCUAGUUGUAAAAGGAUCACACCCACCUGCUCCUCUCACAAAAUUUGUCGAAGUUAUUGGUAUUGUUGACAACGAUAAGUCCAUUCGUGCUGAAAUAUGGACCAAUUUUGGUGAUGCAAUUGAUAUGGUCAGCUAUGAUAAGCUUUGUAAGCUUGCAAAUGGAGAAUUUAAACAUUUAUUCCUGUGAGUUAUAACAAGCUUAUCUGAUGAUACGAAGGCCCUUUUAUCAUAUGGAACACUGAAGGAGACAUUACCGUUAUGUUAGCAACAUGUUUGAUAAUUUCUUUUGGGUUCCCUUGGUAAAUAAUUUUUACUAUAAUUGAAAUCUAGAGAUCCCUUUUUGCGAAAUAUAGAUCAUGUUCUGGUUUUUCAAACACUUGUCAGUCUUUAGUCUGAGAUUAGCUUCAGGAUUAAACUCUUUCAGAAGAUAUAUUGAGAAAUAGAUUUGUUGGUUUAGUUUUUGACAUCCUUUGUUGCGAAUCUAUGGGACCUGUAUUAAGAUCUCAAGGCUAUCC